UUUUGGUUUUACCCACAGGAGCGGCCUUUCAGCCACAACACAAGCUGCAGACACGCUUUCACAGGAGCCAAAAUGUUUUUAACCGGAAACUAACGUUAGCUGAUGUGUUUUGGGGGGUUUUAACGGACGCAGCUGUGAUUUCAGCCUCGUUUAUGACCAUUUAAAACCGUCUCCUCCACACAAUGCUGCUGCUAGCCGCUGUGUUUUGUGUUGUGGUAGCUUCAGUGACCACAGAAACAAUCUACAAGAAACUGGGCGAUGAUGUCGACCUAAAACCAGAAGUCCCAUUGGUUGGUAAAAUCAGCAGCAUCACGUGGAAGAUUGGACGAGACAUCGCUGCCCAGUGGGAUGGGGCGGAGCUGGAUUAUUUCGUUCAGUUCAAAGUCCGCGGCCACCUGGACAACGCCACGGGAGUGAUGACAAUCAGAGGCCUGGAAAAAGGAGACGGCAACAUUUACACAGCAGAGGUCAACCACAACCUUUGGGGCAAGCCGAUCCGCCUCAUCGUGAUCUCCGAGGUUCCUGUUCCUUUGGUUAGGGAGAAGUGCUCCGAGGAGCCGAGGGCGUGCACGCUUACCUGUGAAGGAAACGUAACAGAAGCCGAACCGGUCACCUACACGUGGAGGUCGGACCAGAAGGUGGAGCUGGGUGUCGGUGAGAGAACGCUCACCAUUACGGAGGAAAGUUCUGCAACAGAAGCGUUCACCUGUGAGGUGAAGAAUCCCGUCAGUCAGAAGAGCAGCGAGCCUUUCACCAACCCUUUUAGCUCCUCCCAGAACACAGCUCCUAAAGAAGGUUUGAAGAUUGUGACCGGACUGGUCGUGUUCUUCUGUCUGCUGACCGUGGCGUUGCUGCCGGUGAUUGUCCACAGGAUCCGAACAGGAGUCUGCUUCUACGAGAAAAUGUCCAUGCCCUGGGAAAAAGACUUUUGGACGAGGGAGCAAGCAGACGCCGUCGACUCCAACGGCACCGCCACUCAUUCACCAUACGAGAAAUCUGAUGAGGAAGCUCCGAUGACGGGGAGCUAAACCAGGAACAAGUCUCACUGGACCUUCACCAGUCGGUGAUGGAACGACGCAGAGGCAGCGGGAAGGAAAGGGGAAUCUUGAAUGUUUGGGAUCUUUAAAGGGAAUAUUUUUAAUGUCACUGACCUGAGGUCUGAAUCUCAGCCUUUUGAGCUGCUUCCUGUUGUUUUGCUGCUUUUACUGUUACUGAAGUCAGAUUUGAGGGAAACACGAGUUUUUAAAAGGAGUCAAAGGAAAUAAAACAGGAGACUUGAAGCAGGUUUUGUUUCAACAUAGGAAAAUCCCUGGAACAAUUCCUGGAAGGCCUGUGAAGGGUGUCGGCCUGCAUGCCAGUCACCGGCGAGUUCUUGAAACUCAUUACGUCUCUGGCUGACGAUCUGUGAUGUCCAGAUGGAACGUUGCUGAGUCGGAGGGAAAAGGGGAAGUCUGUGUUUAGUUUGGAGGCGGAAGCUCAGCCGACUCCUCCAUCACCUAGCUACAUCUGGGGUCAUGGUUCUGGUUUUAUGAUGCUUAAGGUCUGAAUGUCUACACACACACACACUGUUGAAGCAGACAUCCACAUACUUUAUUACAAGAUCUAUUUUUUAUUAUGUUUUGUUAGGAAGCGCAGCUACAUCACCUGUAUAUGAAAUAAGAAACAUGUAAAUUGUUUGUUUUGUUGUAGAUUUUAAACUAACUUGUUUCACCACCAGGGGGCAGCAAAUCCCACAAUUGUUUUUAUGAGCUUUCACAAAUAAAACUUGCAUCUCUAA